AACCUCUAGUUUUUUAUGACGUUGAUCACAGUAUAGUUUGGUAUAGUACGGAAUCAAAACAAAAGAAAUGUGAAUUACAUUAUAUUGGAGUGGUGUUUGAGAAAAAAUAUGUAGCAAAAUAGAAACACGUAGAAUGGAAUGUCCGGUGUGUUCGGAACCGUAUCCGUUACAAGAAAUCGAGGCACACGUUGAGACGUGUUUGUCAUUGCAAGAGUUCGAAGAUUUUGAUGCAAAGAAAACUAAGCGGUCUUAUCCCUUUGCAGAAAAUUCUCAAGAAUCAUCGAAAAAAAAACAAAAAUUUAAUGUCGAUAAAUCAGUUCCGAACUUUUCAAAAAAUGAAAAAACCUCUAGUACGAAUUCGAAAAACGAACAAACCUUCAAUUCGAAUUCGAAAAAUACUUCAAAUUCGAUGUUUGAGGUUGCCAAUCAGGGAAGUGACGAAAAUAAAGUUUCACUGGCAGAAUUAUUGAGGCCGUCGAGUUCGGAUUCCUUCUUGGGUCAAAAAAAAUUGUUGGGACCGGAUGGCGUGCUGAGAAAAUUGAUAAAAAAUUCUCAGCUGCCUAGCAUGAUUUUGUGGGGUCCACCAGGCUGUGGCAAGAGCUCGUUCAUCGACUUAAUUGUCAAAAAUGUCAGAAGAAACCAGCAAACAAAGGUUGUCAAAUUAAAUGCAGCUUCUUCUGGUAUAGCGAAGGUCAGAGAAGUCGUAGCUUCAGCUGCUAAAGACCUCAAGCUUGGGGGUCGCACAGUUCUUGUCAUGGGCCAGCUUCACCGCUUCAAUAAACUGCAACAAGACAUUUUCCUGCCGCAUGUUGAAUCCGGCACUUUUAUUUUUGUCGGUACAACCACGGAGAAUCCCCAUUUUUCACUCAAUCCUGCUCUUCUUUCUCGCUGCAGAAUUUUCGAGUUUGAAAAAUUGAAAGAGGAAGAAACUGAGCAAAUUGUGAGAAAAGGCAUUUCUGCACUCAACGGCUCAAUUACGUCUUGUCCAAAGAGCUCCGUUUCAAACCCAAACUCUUCGCUGACCUCUUCUUCCUUGGAACCCAAAUUUCUUAUGAAUGAUAAAACCAUACAAUGGUUAGCGAGUUCUGCAAAUGGCAAUGCCGCUGCUGCCCUUGGGAGCCUCGAAUUAGCUGCUCGAACUAAAAUUUCCAGCUAUCGGAGCUCUGAAAAGCAAACUCCAAUGCUGAAUGUUGCAGAUCUUAAAAAUAGCCUCGAAAAAUUCUACUGUUCCUAUAACGGCAAUGACGAUCUGAAGUUUCAACUUUAUUCUGCUCUCCAUAAGUCUGUUGGAGCUGGACACGCCAAUGGCGGGCUUUAUUGGCUGGCAAGACUCAUGGCUAUGAAAGAAGAUCCUGUUUAUAUUGCCAAACGAUUAAUCAGGAUUGCCAGUGAAGAGAUAGGUCUUGCAGAUCCUGAUGCUUUGGACAUGGCAGUCCAUACGCUACAAGCUUGUCAAAUGAUCGGAAUGCCAGAGUGUGAUAUUAUGUUGGGUCAAACAGUCAUUUAUAUGGCUCGCUCAACAAAGUCUCGAUUAGUUGAGGAAGCUCUGCGAAGAGCCCAGAAAACGAUAUUCGAGCGAAAAGAAUUCUUAGGGAAUGCUGAUACAAAAUCGUGAUUUGCGUUUGGAAAAUUGAAUCCCUUUUUGCUACGAGUACCGUUUUUUUUUUUCAUUCUAUUCAUUUCGUGUUCCAGAUUCAGAUAAAAUCGAUUUUCCACUGAAUAAAUGGGGGCAAAAGUAACUUAUCAGCUGGUCUGCAAAACGUCGAUUUCUUCGUCUCAUACAUAUUUUUUAUUGGGAUAAAUAUUUUUGUAAUGAAACUGCUAAUAAAACCGAAAUAAAAUACA